GCGACCACGCGCGCACCAAGCACCCCCAGAUAGGGAACAAACAUGGCCGACAUAAGUGUCUGUACUCCGCUGCUUGCGGAGUCAGACACUCUAAAUAACACCACCAGUACCCCUAACGCGGCUUCUGUCACAGAUGCUGGCCCAGUAAUAAACACUCUAAUAGAUAGAACCCAGGUUGAAGGAGACCAGAGGCCACCGGAGCUCCUCGAGGGCCUCCUCACCGACGACUACUGCCACGUGUGUGAGGCCGUGCUGCUCUUUGAGUCUCAGAGGCUGUCGCACUACGAGGGGAAGAAACAUGCUCACAAGCUGAAGGUGUUCAUGCAGGCCAGGAGAGCCGAGGACCUGGACCGAGAGUCCAUGGGACUCCAGGUCGGCACCCGCUGCGUACAUAACAUAAACUACAAUGCUGCAAGCAUACGGACCAUGACGACGAACACGGAGCAUUUCUGCGCGCUGUGCAACAUGGUGUUCAGUUCCCACGUGGUGGCCAAGUUCCACUACGGAGGCAAAGUCCACGCCAAACAUCUCCGGAAACAAGGUCUUCAGCCCCCAGUGACGGACGAGCGCGGGGAGGCGCGUGCUGUAACGCGUCUGGUUCGGGGUCCUGACGCUGACCUGAAAUCAGCCCCGCGGGGCGACGGGGAACAUCUUCCGGACCCGACGGGCACCGCGGCCGCCCCCAGCACGGAGGUGGACCUGAAGGACCCGAACAAGCACUGCGCCCUGUGCGCUGCCUACUUCAACAACCCCCAAAUGGCUCUGCAGCACUACAACGGACGCAAGCACCAGCGGAACCAGGCCAGGCGGGACCUGCUCAAAGAGCUCGGAGACGACGUCCAACAAGCCAACUCCCUGAUGUGCCAGAUGUGCAGCCUCCAAUUCAACUCUGUGGAGAUGUACCAGAGCCACAUGCAAGGAAACAAACACCAGAUCAGGGAGAAAACGGUGGUCAAGCUGUGCAAGUCUCAACAAAAGGACUACAACACGUUUGCAGAUGAACUGGCGGAUUACAUCCAGGUCCAGAAGGCUCGUGGCAUCACCCCCAAGGCCGGCCAGGUCCUCCCUCUGCAGAGAGAGGGCGAGGAAGAGGAGAAGGAGGAGGAAGCAUUUAACCAGGGGGAUAUCGUUGAACUCAACAAGCGCAUGCCCAACCUCCCUCCCACCGCCCACCCUCCUCAUCACUCCCGCCCUGGAGGUUACUACCCAGCUGCAGGGUGGCGUCCUCCGCAUCAGGGAGGCCCCCCCUGGCCUUCCCAUCCCUUGGAUUACAGCUGCCCUCCUCCAGCUCCCCCCAGCGAAGGCUCUCCCCUGUUCAAUCACCCACCCACAGAUAGGAAGAGGCGCAGGAAGCAGUUGAGCUCCUCCUCGGGUACUUCAUCGUCCCACUCCUCCUCCUCCUCCUCUUCCUCCUUUAGCAGCAGCGCAAGUGACAGUGACGGCAGCGAAUACAGGCGCAGAGGGAAGAGGAGGAUGAGGAGACCCAGGAGGGAGGGAGACAGGAAGCCAAGGGAUGAGGACUCGGACAAGGAGGAGACGAGGAGGAAGCGACGGAGGAGAGAACGAGACGAUGACUCGGGGGAGAGGAGGAGAGAGGAAUCCGGAGAGUCCGAGAAAGAGAGCGGGAGAAAAAAGCAGAAGAACCCCGGCAAGCAGAGAAGACGGGAAGAUAAACGCCGGGAGGAGGACGGUGAGGUGGGAGCAGGGGAUCGGGUGAUGGACAGUUCAGUGGCAGAAGACAUGAUGGACAGUCGAAAAGAGACCGAAAAACACAUUCAGGCUGACAUGAACACUGAGCAGGGGGAGGGGGAGGGGGGCCAGGGGGAGGCAGCCAGACCUAAAUACAGGAAAGAGAAGAAGAAAACAAAAGAGAGAGCAGACACUCGGACCGAGGACGAGAAGCUGUGGGACGACUCCAUCCUGGGCUGUUAACCCCCAAAGUUAUUGUGAGCAUGGCAUUUACCAUAUCAUAAACUAUUUUAGAAUACAUGUUCAUAGCAGUUAACAAAACACUUUUUACUCUCAGCCCUGACGUGUUGCUCACAGCUGGUGGUUAAGAAUGAAUUCCAGUUGUUUCUUACACAUGUCCGCGGCUGUAAUAGCUUUAUUUUUCACUAAGACACUUCACAAUAUAUGCGAUUGAAUUCAUUUGCACAUCUUUAUUCAUUGUUUGCUGUAAUAUUUAAGAUCUUUUUCAUUUGAAAUGAUCGUUUAGUCCAGUUAUUAAUGCAUCGACAUGUGUCUGUGUGGUCCUCUUAGCGGCCUGUGGGGGGCACUGUUGAGCUUCACUCAGAGCAUCAGUAAAGCAAAUAAAAGCACACAGAUGUGAGAGUCACUUCAUUUCCUCUGAAGCUCUUUCAGAGACACGCAGGCUGGUACAAGAAGGCCAUCAGCGCACAUCUCUGAGGGGUAUCUGAUAAAAAGGAAUGAUGCGAUUACAAGAUCCAUCUCAACGAUGUUGCGUAAACAGGAGGGUGCAUGCGUUAUGGAUGGACCUGCACAUCCAAACAGCCCAUAACGUGUUCGGGUCCGGCAGGUGCAACAGUUGAAAUGAGGACGUCUCUUUGCAAACUUAAAAAUACAUUUUCAGAAGCCGCCUGAAGGCAGUUCGUGGUGCUCGAAGAUGACUGAAAAGAGGAAAGUAAAGUUCCUUUAAGGAUGCACUUAAACCACGCAGGUGUUUAAGUGGUCGACCCUUUUGUGCGCAGCAUACUUGUUAAGUUUUAUUUUCUUUGACUAUCAACUGGGCGGUUUGUGGACCACAUGAGCAUCAGUAUCUCAGGCGUCGUUAUGAAUUAUGACCGCGGGCUAGUUUGGCUUUGUUAAAAACUCGAUUUCUAGAAGAAGGUUUUGCGUCGUCAGAACUGUAGACAACAGACUAAAAUGGUGUCCUGAUGGUUACAAACGGCUGCCAUGGCAACCUGCUCAAACGGGCCCGCAGAUUAAACAACAACAGCAUCCUUUUACUACAUCCCCUUUAUGAUUGAGACGCUUUUUAAUGUGCAGUAUCUGCACUAUGUUGAAGUUUGACAUGAUGCCGUGGCUCACAUGAUUCAAGCCAGCGCAGUGUUGUAGUGUGCAUUAUUAUUAUUAUUGUAGAUCCAAAAGCUAAAUAAGUGCUUGGUUGCAGUCCAAAUGUCAGAGGAGAACAACUUCAAAUGUUUUUUGUUUCUAACGUGUGAAGCGAACAAACUCUCUGGAGUCUCGUCUGAAACAGUUAAAAACUCAAAGAGACUGAAGAGACGCUUCAGGGACUAAAGAGAAGGACUAAAGAGAAGCUUCAGGGACUAAAGAGAAGGACUAAAGAGAAGCUCCAGAGACUAAAGAGAAGCUCCAGAGACUAAAUAGGACUAUCAGAGACUAAAGAGAAGCUUCAGGGACUAAAGAGAAGGACUAAAGAGAAGCUCCAGAGACUAAAGAGAAGCUUAAGAGACUAAAGAGAAACUUAAGAGACUAAAGAGAAGCUCCAGAGACUAAAGAGAAGCUCCAGAGACUAAAGAGAAGCUCCAGAGACUAAAUAGGACUAUCAGAGACUAAAGAGAAGGACUAAAGAGAAGCUUCAGGGACUAAAGAGAAGCUUCAGGGACUAAAAAGAAGCUCCAGAGACUAAAGAGAAACUUAAGAGACUAAAGAGAAACUUAAGAGACUAAAGAGAAGCUCCAGAGACUAAAGAGAAACUUAAGAGACUAAAGAGAAACUUAAGAGACUAAAGAGAAGGACUAAAGAGAAGCUUCAGGGACUAAAGAGAAGGACUAAAGAGAAGCUUCAGGGACUAAAAAGAAGCUCCAGAGACUAAAGAGAAACUUAAGAGACUAAAGAGAAGCUCCAGAGACUAAAGAGAAACUUAAGAGACUAAAGAGAAACUUAAGAGACUAAAGAGAAGCUCCAGAGACUAAAGAGAAGCUCCAGAGACUAAAUAGGACUAUCAGAGACUAAAGAGAAGGACUAAAGAGAAGCUUCAGGGACUAAAGAGAAGCUUCAGGGACUAAAAAGAAGCUCCAGAGACUAAAGAGAAACUUAAGAGACUAAAGAGAAACUUAAGAGACUAAAGAGAAGCUCCAGAGACUAAAG